UGUACGAAGAGCCGGUAUGCAUCCUCGAUGACUGCUGGGAGUCGUAGUUCUCUGCCCUGUCUCUGCCCCUCCUGUUUCCGGUGCCGUCACGGGACAGAGCAGUCGGUGACAGCCCCGAGGGCCCCCGCCCCGCGCCCAUGGCCGAGCCGGACCGACUCAGAUUCAGAUACUGAGGGAGGAGCCGCUGGCAGAGAAGCAGAGAUGGACUUCCUGCGGAAUUUCUUCUCCCAGACACUGGGCCUGGGCACCCAGAAGGAGCGUCUGCUGGACGACCUCACCCUGGAGGGGGUGACCCGCUACAUGCAGAGCGAACGCUGUCGCCGGGUCAUCUGUUUGGUGGGAGCUGGGAUCUCCACGUCUGCCGGCAUCCCUGACUUCCGCUCCCCAUCCACGGGCCUCUACGCCAACCUAGAGAAGUACCACCUUCCCUACCCAGAGGCCAUCUUUGAGAUUGGCUACUUCAAGAAACACCCAGAACCUUUCUUUGCUCUCGCCAAGGAACUCUAUCCUGGCCAGUUCAAGCCAACUGUGUGUCACUACUUCAUCCGGCUGCUGAAGGAGAAGGGGCUGCUGCUGCGAUGCUACACACAGAACAUAGACACCCUGGAGCGGGUGGCCGGGCUGGAGCCUGAGGACCUGGUGGAGGCCCAUGGCACCUUCUACACCUCGCACUGUAUCAGCCCCCUGUGCCGACGGGAGUACCCGCUCAGCUGGAUGAAAGAGAAGAUCUUCUCCGAGGUGACUCCCAAGUGUGAGAAAUGUCACAGCGUGGUGAAGCCUGACAUCGUGUUCUUCGGCGAGAACCUCCCAGCAAGGUUCUUCUCCUGCAUGCAGUCAGACUUCCUGAAGGUGGACCUCCUCAUCAUCAUGGGUACCUCCCUGCAAGUGCAGCCCUUUGCUUCCCUCAUCAGCAAGGCGCCCCUCUCUACCCCGCGCCUGCUCAUCAACAAGGAGAAGACUGGGCAGACUGACCCUUUCUUGGGGAUGAUGAUGGGCCUUGGAGGAGGCAUGGACUUCGACUCCAAGAAGGCCUACAGGGACGUGGCCUGGCUGGGUGACUGUGACCAGGGCUGCCUGGCCCUUGCCGACCUCCUCGGAUGGAAGAAAGAACUGGAGGACCUUGUCCGGAAGGAGCAUGCCCGCAUAGACGCCCAGGCAGGGUCAGGGGCCCCCAACCCCAGCACUUCAACUUCAGCUUCUCCCAGCAAGUCUCCACCUCCUGCCAAGGAGGAGGCCAGGACCAAGGAGGGAGAGAAACCCCAAUGACAGCUGCCUCUCCCGGGCAGGACGCCCAGUUCCUUUGGGACAGCAGAGCCCCAGCCAGCCCUGGCCCCCUCUAACUUGCAGCUCUUGUCUGGGGAGCUCAGAACAUCUCCCCAGUCUCUUAACCACUCCCGCUCAAAACUGGGGCCCCAGCCCCCUGACCCUGGUGAACCUCUAACAUCACCCAGGGGCCGAGGCCUGGGCAGCCCAUCUGUAACAGCCCACGCGGUCUCUAACCACCCGCGGGGACGGGGUCAACCUCCCCUAAUCUCUAACUGCUCCUGAGGCCAGGGCUGCCUCUAAACACCUAACUGUUCUGGACAGGGGCCCCAAGGGCUCCCCAGGGCUCCCCAGAGCCCCCUGGGCUCUCUACUGCUCCUAGGGCAGCCUGUGGCCAAGUAGACCAAGUCUACCCUGGGUGGAGUGUGGACCCUCCAAACGUAACACACUCUGGGGGCAGCUGAGCCUGAAGGCCUCCCAAGUCUGUGCCUCCCACCACCAAAGUGGGUGCUGGGCCACUUCCCUGGGGACCCACUUCCUCCGUGGGGAGGGGGCAGAUAACGUUGCUUAUUGGAUACAAAAUAAAAGUGAAAACAACUAACAA